ACAUUCCCCUGCUCCCUCUGUGGUAAACAGUUUACGGAGAAAGGAAACCUCAACAAACACAUGAGAAUCCACACUGGAGAGAAACCGUUCCCCUGCUCCCUCUGUGGUAAACAGUUUACCGAGAAAGGAAAACUCAACAAACAUAUGAGAAUCCACACUGGAGAGAAACCGUUCCCCUGCUCACUCUGUGGUAAAAGGUUUCCACAUAAAGGAACCCUCAAGAUACACAUGAGAAUCCACACUGGAGAGAAACCGUUCGUCUGCUCAGUCUGUGGUAAACAGUUUACCGAGAAAGGAAAACUCAACAAACAUAUGAGAGUCCACACUGGAGAGAAACUGUUCCCCUGCUCACUCUGUGGUACAGCGUUUGCACAGAAAGGAACCCUCAACAAACACAUGAGAAAUCACACUGGAGAGAAACCGUUCCCCUGCUCACUCUGUGGUAAAGGGUUUGCACAGAAAGGAAACCUCAACAGACACAUGAGGAUCCACACUGGAGAGAAACCGUUCCCCUGCUCACUCUGUGGUAAACAGUUUACCGAGAAACGAAAACUCAAACUACACACGAGAAUCCACACUGGAGAGAAACCAUUCCUCUGCUCCCUCUGUGGUAAAGGGUUUGCACAGACAGCAGACCUCAACAGACACAUGAGAAUCCACACUGGAGAGAAACCAUUCGUCUGCUCCCUCUGUGGUAAACAGUUUACCGAGAAAGGAAACCUCAACACACAUAUGAGAAUCCACACUGGAGAGAACCUGUAG